UCCUAUGAUAAUAAGUGGCAACAGAAUGCUAGUGCUUGACCCUCAUCAGAAAGAUGCCAACCGUGUCUGCAUCAAUAUGAAACUGAACAAACUCCAUAAAUAUAAAAAGCAUCUUGAUAUUUCCUACUGCUUAAAUGCUUUAGAUGGAUUGUUUGAUUUUUCUCAGAAGACUCUUGAUUCCGGAGAAUUCAAUGGAACUCUAUUCCGAUUUCCUCUUCGAGACGUCAAAACCAACUUGUCAGACAACAUAUAUGACAUAGCCAAGAUAUCAGAUCUCUUCAAUGCAUUUAAAGCAGAGGCAUCCGUGGAACUCUUAUUCCUGAAUUGUAUUGAAAAAAUCGAACUUUAUGAUAAAGAUGGAUAUAAACUCCAUAUCUCGGACGAACCCCCCUUUUUUACUGUGAAAAUUUCAGAAAGCUGUCUUGAUGAUGUACGAGCGAAAAGAUCUGAAUUUCAUACUCACAUGCAGUCAGUUGGCAGAAAAAUUGCAGAGCAAACGUUUUCCACAAACGUUGAUGUAAAAAUUGAAACUCAAACCGGUUCUGGAAACAAAUCGGAACAAAGUUGGUUCGUUUUGCAUUGCUUGAAAGGGGGAAGUCUGUCCCAAGAGUUAGCUACACUGUCACUAGACAAAGCACUGUCAAACAGUCCAUACGUCAGCAUAGCAGUGUCAAAAGACAUGGAUACAGACUUUAAAGGUCACGUCUUUUGUUUAAUGCCAUUGCCAUUAGAAGAUGAAAGUUUGACUGGAUAUCCUGUUCACGUGAAUGGACAUUUUGCAUUAAGUCAAAACAGACGACACGUGAAAUGGCCCUCUGCUGACCAGGUACGAAAUAAGGCCCACAUUGACAAGUCUAUAAGAUGGAACAACUGUUUACUCGUAGAAGUUCUAGCAGGUGUUUACCAUGAAGUUAUUCAGGAUCUACUGCAAACCUGCAAGGGCAAGGGAAAUACAAAAGAAGACAUUGACCGCUUUUACAGAUCGAUUCCGGACCAUAGAAAAAUAACUAGUCAUUGGGAUCUUAUUUGCGAACCUUUCUUCCAGACGUUUUUACAAACGGCAUGUUUGUUUUCUGACAGUUUUGGAGGGAAGUGGAUUCACCCAAAAGAUGCUGUUUUUAAGAUAUUUGACACAAAUGUUUCUGAAGUUACCCAGGAAAACGUUUGUCGUUUAAUGCAAGCAUGUCGCAUUGAGUUAGUUGAUGUUCCUGACCACAUUGUCGCUGUACUGAGGCAUAGAAAAUACUCAGUACAAACAUUGUCCAAAGAAUUCAUUAGAACGUGCAUGACAUCAGACAAUUCUUACAAAUCUUUUUCAUGUGAAGAAAAAUUUAACAUUCUGAAUUUUCUUGUUUCGGAUGGGAAUUAUUCAAGAUUAAGUGGAUUGGAAUUACUACCACUGGAAAAUGGAUCCUUCUGUACAUUUUAUAACAACAAGAACAAUCGAGUGUUUAUCUGUAAAGAUGAAGUAGCAUUAUUCCCUGGACAGGAAGAGAGGUUUAUCAAACAGGACCUGAAUGAUGAAGUUUACAACCAUCUUUACAUGAUGGCAUCCAAAGGACUUUACCAAGCAGUUAUCCUUCAAAACCAGUCAGCUAGUGAGAUAGCAAGCUUAAUCCAAACAACUAUAACAAAGUACAUUGGGUCAACAUCUAAUAGAGAAAUUCAAUGGCGUUCAUCAGCUCCAGUUGGAAUGGAUUGGCUAGAGAAAGUGUGGUCUUAUAUUCAGCGGUAUGACUUGAGUUAUUUUAGCAACCUGCAUUUGAUGCCAGAUACACGAACAAAUGAGAUGCUCAAAGUAUGUGCUGGUUUUAUUUUGAAGACAAAAGGACACAAUGGUAUACCGUCUAGUGUAUGCGAUUGCUUAAGGUACCUAGACAUUAUUGUUCUUGAGCAAAUACCCUCAAUAAUCGAAGAACACAAGAACAUUCGUAAUUUUGUGUACUUGCCUACUAAAGAAGAUGUUUUUCGAAUGUUAAUCAAAAUUCAAGCAGGUGAAAAUGUUAAUCAGCUGGUGAAGAAGUUUAAUACUACAAUCACUGCAGAAGAAAGGUCACAAUUUGUUACAUACAUAUCUGGAUACUCUAUAACUGACAACCAGCUAAUCAAUCUGCUGUCAGCAAUGAAUCUCUUUACUGAGAAGAAUUCACAUCGUCAUGUAUCGGCAAGUCAAGUAAGAAUUAUUGCUGAUACUGAUCAGCUCCCAGUUCUGUAUUUCAAAGAAACCCUGGACUGCUCUGACCAAAAAUAUAAAGAUCUUGCCACAAAACUACACGCUAAAAUCAUUACCAAUGAAGAUGUGAUUAUUGACAUUCUGAGUAACUUAAAUGGUCAGUACCACACUGCUGAUAUCAACAAAAUGAUGGGAUAUGUUCUAAACAACCUUCCAUACUUUCAUAUGAAAGAGCAAAUGAUUCGUAUUACCAGGGAAAUUCCGUUUGUAUUUACUAGCGGCAGACAGAUGAAAAAAGCUUCCGAUUUGUUUGACCCCGAGGAUGAUACUUUGAAAAUGAUUGUACUUGAUAAUGAUAGAUUUCCAAACGUACAUAAUUUGCCAGUUGAACUUAAAUUGCUAAGGAAACUUGGUUUGAAAUCACUACAGGAUAUUACUGGAGAAGACAUACUUAGUUGUGCAAGGUAUUUACAAACCUCAAAUAGAUGUACAGAAAACAAACGUUCUGAAGAACUGUUAAAAGUGCUAGUCAAUAAAAGUGGACUUCUCAGCAGCUUUGUGAGUGGGCGAAAACUAUCAGACCAUCUCUCAAAUUUACGUUUUAUUAGACCAAGUGAACGUAAAGAUAAUUUCCCAAAAUCACUGCCAUGGUAUACCGACACAGCUGAUUCUUUCUUUUGCCGACCAUGCGAUUUAUCUUCACCAAAGUUCACAAAUAAUAUUGGUAGUGUGAAUCCAGUUGUUUCAUCCAGUUCAUCGUCUCUAAUAGCGAGUGCUGGUUGGAUAAGAGAACCAGUUGUAACAGAUGUGAUAGACCAACUACUGAUUGUUACUGAGAAAUACGAAGAUAAAUAUAAGCCAGAACUUCUUCCUGUAAUAAGCGACAUCUAUCAUUUUAUGGCAAAUCAUUACAACAGUCAGGAUUUCCAACGAUUGUCAAACAAGAAAUGGAUUUGGACAGGAACUGGAUUUGAGGAACCAAAAAAGGUUUACCUUCAAACCAAAUCAUCAGAUCUCGUUUUACGACCAUAUUUAUAUCCACUACCAGAUGAAUUUCGGGGUUCACAUUUGUUGCAGUUCUUCAGAAAAAUACGAUGUCUGGAGCGUCAAAAUACAAACUUACUAAUUAAAGUUGAAAAAAUGAUACAGACAGAAUACUGUGGUGGUGGCAAAUCAGAAGAAAGGGCAAAGGCUGACCUUCAGCUUGUUGUUAAUAUCUUGAACUCUAUUAAGGAUGAAAAAAAUGUAGAAGGAGUUCUUCUUCCAAUCAAACAAGAUGACGAGACACUGCUUAUAUUGAAACCAGCUAGUGAGUGUAACUAUUGCAAAGAUGAUGACGAACUUUUUGGAGAUGAACAAUGUUUCGUACAUCAUGAUGUGUCUCCUGAAACUGCCGAAAAACUGGGUGUUCCAUCAGUGACAGACACUCUACUUGAAGAUGCUGAACGACUGGAUGAAUGGGGCCAGAGUGAACCAUUGACACGUAGAAUUAAAAACUUGCUUGAAUCUUACAAAGAUGGAUUGUCAGUCCCUAAGGAAAUAAUUCAAAACGCUGACGACGCAGGUGCAACGAAAGUCUGUUUCAUGUAUGAUGAACGUGGGAAAGAAAAUUACGGCAAAAAAUUAUUGGAUAAAAACAUGUUAGAAUGCCAAGGACCAUCACUUUGGGCUUAUAACAAUGCAACAUUUACAAAUGAAGAUUUGCUAAGUAUUACAAAAGUUAGUGGUGCAACCAAAGAAGUAGACACAACAAAAAUUGGAAAGUUCGGACUCGGGUUCUGCUCCGUCUACAACCUGACAGAGGUUCCAAGUUUCAUUACAGGAGAUCAAAUGGUGAUAUUUGACCCGCACUAUGACUAUCUGGCAGAUGCAUUGAAGCGCAAGAAACAACCUGGGUUAAAAAUAGAUUUGAACAAGAAUAGAAAAAUUUUAAUCAGGAAACAUUCACAGUUUGAACCAUUUAAUGGGGUAUUUGGUUGCAAUCUUAAUGACACCCAAAAGGAAAUUACAUUCAAAGGGACAUUAUUUCGGUUACCAUUGAGGACAAGACAGCAAGCCGUUUCGAGUGAGAUCAGUAACAUACCAUACGACAAUGAGCAAAUGCUAAGUUUAAUGAAAAUUUUUGUCGAGGCUGCUGGAAAUCUUUUGAUGUUUACCCAAAAUGUUGUUGAAGUGGAAUUUUUCCAUCUUCCAAUGAAUGAAAGGGACCCUAGACUAGCAGUCAAAUUGCACAGCGUGCGCAAAGACUUAGUACGUACAAUUGGAAGACCAUUACAUCAAGCACAAUCUUUAGAAACAUUCUCAAUUCUAAAAGAUAUGACCUUGCAAUUUGAAAAUUUAAAGAAAAGCAAAACAAAAAAAAAUACAUCCAUCAAUAUAGAUUUUACUAUUUUGAUACGCGUUUCUGUGGAAGCAAAUAACAAGCUGUUGGACUUUAAAAUAACAAACUGUUCUUCCACAACAUUAUGGGUCGUAACAUGGGCAUCCGGAACAAGAACAAGUAAGGAUCUGGCUUUAAAGGCGUCGGCUAAAGGGGUGUUGCCAAUAGCAAGUGUAGCCAGUCCAAUUACAAAAGUCGAAGAAGGAAUGUACAGAACUUGUUCUUUGGAAGACCUGCCGUUUGGAUUUUACCGCAAUAGUCAUGUAUUUUGCUACUUGCCUCUUCCAGUCGAAACCGAUUUUCCAGUGCAUAUAAAUGGCUCUUUCGCUGUGACAUCAGACCGUAGGCGUCUCUCCUGUAAAACACUUGAUGACAAAGACUCGUUUGACAGUGAUUGGAAUGAAGCUCUUAUGAGUGAUGCUGUCUGUAAUGCUUAUAUCCUGUUCUUAGAAAACUUGAUUCAUUUAGGCAUUGAUGACAACGAACCAUACUUUAAGCAAUGGCCCGUUCAAUAUGGAAAGGAUGGAAACUUCGGAAAACUUCAAACUGCAUUUUAUCAACAAAUUACAGACAAACAAAGGAAUGCAAAAGUAUUUAGAAGGGAUGACAAUAUAACAAGCAUAAAAAAUUGUCUGUUUCUGGAUUCUGCAUUAAUGGAAGCAAAGUUUAGCGAAGAGGCAUUCAGUGUUUGCGUGAAAUUUUUGGAAAAUAAAAAUACGAAAAUGAUGAAGAUAUCGAAAGAAAUACGUAACAGUUUCAAAGAUGCUGGCUGCGAAAAUAUGGUAAAACAAAAAACGCUGAAUGACAUUGCGUUCUAUUCAAAGUUGGUGUUCACACAUUUGAGGGACCACGUUUGGAGUGAUAAUGUAAUGGAUACGCUGAUGUCACACGCAAUAGACCAUGCUUCAGAUAAAAUGUGCAACUUACUUAAAGAAAAUAAAUGUAUUCCAACAGCUCCGAAUAGACUUCUUAGACAUCCAUCAGAACUGGUAAACAGAAAGGGAUUGCUGAACGGCUUGUUUAAAGAAGAGGAUGAACGCUUUGUUAUUCUAGACGAUACAAAUACUUACAGUAGACCUAACCGAUUGGCGACAUUGGUGAGACUUGGAAUGACAUCAAACAAACUAUCUGAAAGUCUUCUUAUUGAUAGAGCAAAAUCAAUACAAAAUCUGGCUGCAACCUGUGCACAUUGUGCAUUAGAUCGUUGUGUACAGUUUGUGAGAUACCUUAAUAAAGAAAUUGAUAGUAUUGAAUCAAACCAAAUCUUGUUAUCUGAACUUAAGUCUAUACAAUUUUUACCAGUAAGGAACAAAUCAAAAGAUUGGGAAUGGUCAUGGGGAGGAGACUGCAUCAUGAAAAAGACAAAAGACAACAAAAUUUCUUACAGCUGUAAUAAUAUAAAUCACACACAGCAUGUCUCGGUAUAUUUUGAAUGUCCACAAAGGCUUUAUUCCAGUACGGUAUUAGAACUUGUUUGUUCAAUACACCCUGUGAUGGACAGGAAUUGCCUACCAAGGGAUAUUUAUUCCCCGUUUUUUGGAAAACUAGGGAUCAGGAAUGAUGUUCCAUUAUUAUUGUCUCUUGAAAACUUGCUAGUAAUCAGCAAUGAUGUUUGUCAAAAUGACAAGUGUUUGGCGGACUCUCAAAUAGUUACUACUACCGUUGCUGCAAUUUAUAAAUUUCUGAAUGAAGUAUUUGUCAAGCAAAUGCAUUCCGAUGACAAGACCGAUAGUUUAAAAAGCACAACUGAACGCUUUAGAAACGAAAGUAUACUUUUACUGAAUGGUAUAUUUGUCAAACCUUGCCGGGUUGUAGUUCAGAUUCCAGAAGACUGCAGUCCUCAUUUCUAUGGAUUGAACUCCGCAUAUAACUUGAAAGCAUUGAAAGGUCUUUUAAAACUGUUGCAGAUUGACGACAGAUGCUCAGCCACACAAGUACUAUCUGAACUUGAAACAUACAAAACAACAUAUAAUUCAAAAGAAAUGAAUGAAGAGGAUGUCAAACUUUAUGUCCGCUUGUUGAAAGUGUUGGUGAGUUCUAUGAAGUUCGAUGAUUGGAAGGCAGAUAAAGUAAAGGGCGUGUUUAUUCCAGACAUAAAUGGCAUUUUACAUCCCAUUCAGAAUGUUUGUCUAGAUGAAAGUACUGUUCAGUCUACAGAAACAAUGCACUUUACACACGAUAGUAUAUCUUAUGACAUAGCAAUAGCUCUUGGAAUAAACACUAAACGACAACAUAAAGUAGACGAAUGCUCAAAGGACCUAUAUUCAAAGGAAUUUGGACAACAUGAAGAACUUUUAACUAAAAUAACGAGAAUUCUAGAAUGGUAUCCGUUUGGUGUUGGCAUUUUGAAAGAAUUGUUACAGAACGCAGACGACGCUAAUGCAUCUGAGGUACACAUUGUGCUUGAUUUCAAUGACUAUCAAACAGAUAAUUUGUUUGAUGAAAUGUGGACUCCUUUACAAGGUCCAGCACUACUUGUGUAUAAUGACAGUUACUUCAAAGAAGCAGACGUAAAAGGCAUCCAGAAUCUUGGUAUUGGAAGCAAGGCAGACGACUCAACAAAGACGGGACAGUAUGGAGUUGGCUUUAAUGCAGUUUAUCACCUAACUGAUGUACCAUCGUUUUUAUCAAGAGGUCGAGAAGUAGAGACUGGAGAAGUCUUGUGUGUAUUUGACCCCCAUUGUUAUUAUGUUCCGGGCGCUUCGGUCGGAAAUCCUGGGAGAAAAUACGUAAAAACUGAUAUGUUAAAGGAAGACCAUCCAAAUGUUUUUUGCUGUUAUCACGAUGAUCUGUUGAUGACCGAUCAAGGAACAAUUUUUAGAUUUCCCCUAAGAACAGACAAAUUUGCCAAAAAGUCAAAAAUAUCAACCUGCAUUGUUACUGAGAUUGCUGUACGAAAUCUUGUUGAAAAUUUUAAGAAGGAAAUGAUGGAAAUGUUACUGUUUGUUAAUAAUGUAAAAGGAAUCAAAUUGUCUGAAAUUUCAGGAGGACAACUUAAAGAAAUUUAUUCAGUUGAGUUGCGUGUGUCAUCUACUGACGACUCCAAGCGAAAAGAAUUUUACAAUGCAAUUAAGGUAGCUUCAAAAACGAUAAAUGAAACAAAAAACCUAGACAGCAUUUCGUCUACUGAAAUAAAAUAUCAAGCACAAGUGAAAGAUAACUGCGCAAAAGUAACCAAUUGGUUAAUUGUCCGGCGAGUCGGCUUCACCAAAGGUGAAAAAUGUCCAGAAGUUAUAAGAAAUGCAUAUCAAAAGGGAGAUUUGGGAUUAUUACCUAGAGGUGGUGUGGCACUACCUAUACACGAAAAAGAUGAGGAACAAUCCAUGGAAAAUGGACGCGUUUUCUGUUUCCUACCACUUCCUCUUGAAUCCGGUCUUCCUUUUCAUUUCAAUGGACAUUUUGCUCUUGAUCAUGAUAACCGGCGCAACCUUUAUACAGAUGAUCAAGAAGGAUACCAAAUUGUAUGGAAUAAUCAUUUGUUGGAGAACAUCAUUGCGCCAUCCUACGCAACCAGUUUGCUUGAAAUGAAGAAGUUGUUGGGCCUUCAAACUGACAGUCCGGUCAAGAAAGCUGAGUUACAAAAACAGUUAUCAUUAUUUUAUGGAUAUUUUCCAGAUAUUGGAAAAGCGAAAAUUGAUUACUUUAAAUUUCUUGUAUGCAGCAUCUACCAGUGGAUUUACACUUCUGAAAUGUCCGUUUUUGCGUCUGCAAAGAUGAUCAGUAAAUCGAAAGCGCAUAUUAAUUUCUAUCCACUAUGUAGCAGCAAUAUGACAUAUCCUUCAGUGUUCAACACCAUAAAAAAACAGAUUUCCCCUACUGCUGUUGAAACAGUCGGCUCCGUCAGCAGCAAAAUAUCGAAAACAGUGGACAGUUUGAAUAAUGAAAUCCGUAAGACGAAGGACGAUCAGCAUCAUACUUUAGUUCACAUAUUCAAGGAACUUGGAAUAAAGCUGCUUGAUGUUCCAAAACAAGUACUACGAAGUAUAAAAGAGGCUAAAAUUGAAGCUUGCGAAAUGAAUCCAGAUUUUCUCAUGUCUUUUCUAAAAUCCCACAACACGUCAGGAAUAGACAAAUGUACAUUAGGUGGAGUGAAUUGUAUCAUUGAAGAAACAACAUUCAAAACAAUAUCUCAUUUAGAAAGUUGCAUAUCAUACUGUAAGAAUAGCAAAACGUUUGGACAACAACUUGAUGGAUUGCCACUUUGCUUAACUGAAGACGGGAUCAUCAGAACAUUCAAACGCGAAAGUCCAGUAUUUUGUACGAAGCAUAGUCGAGUUCUUGAAGAAAGUGCCAAUAUGUUUUUACAUACUGACCUGAUUGAACUGUUCAGCAUAGCAAAUGAAGGUUUAACGGAAUUUGAUUUAGAGUCGUUUGCUGAAUUUCUACCCGCUACCUUAGAUCCUGCGAUAUAUAGGACGCAAAAUAUACCGGUAAAACGAAACGCUAACCAUGAUUCGGUUGUAAAUAUGACAUGGCUUAGUAAAGUAUGGGAUUUUAUAAACGACAAAAUUAGUCAAAAGUUUGAUCUAUCCGUUUUAGUUGAUUCUCUUAGUAACGCAGAUGUGGACGCUAUUCUAAAAAUGAUGCACCCUGUAAUGCCAUGGUGUCUUAUUCCAUGUACACGAGCAGUAAAACCCUUUGUAGAUGAUGGCUUGGAAUCUGUUCUUUUUCCGGUCGCAAAAAUUAGAUAUAUUUUAGAUCUGUCCACAUUUUCAUGUUCGAUAGAGAAGGCUUUAAAACAGCUCCGAUUGCCAUGUCUUGAUCAGUCAUUCAAAGUCAACAGAUUUAUACCUAAGGCUUUGCUUGUUUCAAACAAUGAUCCAUGCGCUCUCAUUAAGUUCUUAUAUGAAUACAGAGAUGAAAUCAGAAAUAGAAAUAUAACACCAGAUGAGUGUUCCUGUAUACUAGAAUAUUUUUCGGAACACAUCGACAGUAUUUCAGAAAACGUUAACGCUGAAGCGUUACUGAGCAAAUUAAAACAAGUUCCUAUUCAUGUUAACGUCAAUGGACAUAACAUUAGCUUAGAUUCGAAUGCAAGUGUUUUAGUAUUGGAUAAUCAUGUCUCUAGUGAGAUGGUGUUAUGUGGUGUGGAGGAAUGGGCUGAAGCCUCAGGUACCAUCUUGCUGAAAACAACGCAUCAUUUGACUAAAAUUUAUGCUGAAAUUGGUUAUACAGCUGAGAAAUUAGACGCAAUUGACGUGUACACGAACCAUUUAUUGCCAAAGUUUAACUGCUUGCCAAAAGAAAAUCAUCUAGAACACUUAGUUUUUAUUCGAGAAAAACUUUUAGCAAGAUCAUCAUCUUUUACCUUAAAGCAAGAACAAUUAAUUGCUGUUCUAAAGAAUGCAUCGUUUGUUCCAGAUAUUGACGAUGUAUUAUAUAAGGCAUCUCAUUUUAAGGAUCCUUUUAAUGAUUUGAUGAAAGAAAUGUGUGAUCUACAUGAUUUCCCAAAGAUGCCUUUCAAUGACAAAGCAUGGCAACACUUUCUUGUUAUUGCUGGAAUUCAAACAAAGGUCACAUCGCAAAUGGUAUUACGAUUUGCUAUGAGCAUUGAAGAAGAUGGAAAGAAAGCUAUUACUGAAGAGAUUUCAUGCAAAUCUAAAAUGCUGACAAAACACAUUCUUUUGAGGACGAAUAUUGAAAACGAUAUAUUAAAUGAUAUCAGUCACAUCAAAUUUAUUGUUCCGUACACAGUUGAAAACUGGAAAAAUAAGAUUUUUCCACAGAAGACCGACUUUUUGAUUUGUUACCGUGAAUCUGUGUCUUCAUUUAGAGCUCAUUUAUGUUGGACAACCUGCAACAUUAUUCCAGAUUGGGCAAAUCCGUACCUCAACAAUAACUGUCAACAAAAAAGCGUCAUAUUCUCACAACUUGGUAUCUUGAACGAACCUCCGUUUAAAAGAGUCAUUAGUCAUGUUCAAAAUGUUUGUGGUGAACUGAAAGUUUUGUCCGAAAAGAACAGUAUACAGGAUGCGGACUUCGUCGGUAUUAAAAAUAUGAUGAUAAAAAUAUAUGACUGGCUGAACGAAAAUCAAGAUAAAGACAUUGAUCUUUUGAAGAAAAGCCUUUAUCAUACACCUCUCAUCUUUAUUUAUGAACGGAAGAUGUUGGUUACAUGUGAAAGAACAGUAAAAAGUUUGGAUAAAAAGAGAGAGAAGGAAAUUGUACCUUACUUACUGGAAACUCCAGAAGAUUAUGGAAAGUACUUUAAACUCUUUCAAAUUAUUGGUAUGAGUUCAACUACAGAUGUGUGCACUUAUGUCAGAGUAUUGGCACACCUUAAACUGGAUGUUAAGGAUCAAAAGCUUGAUCCUAACCGGCUUAAAAUUGUUAAGCGUUCAAUAGAAGAAAUUUUAUUUUUUCCAGCUAAAGGAGACGAAAAUGUAAGAAAUGCACUUGAGAAAAUGGAAACUUUGUACUUGUUGACCAGAAAAGGAACAUUAAUAAAUGCAUCUGAACUUGUCUUUUCUGACAAUGAAGAUUUCGAAGAAAAGAUAGGUAACGACAUAGGUAAACCAUAUAUGAUGGGACUUGACGAACUUGACGUUUUAACUCAAGGCAAUAUCGUUUCGUCGUUCAAACAACUUCCAAAGAAAAUGCAGCCAUGUAUACUCUCAGAUAUGAUUACUUCCGAGAUAAAUGAGGGAACAUUUACUAAAGUUAAUGAUCGAAGAGGGCAGUUAAUAAGAGAAUUCUUCGCAUCUGUACAAUUUCAAGAGGCUAUUGUGCGGAUAUAUGUACACUGCAGAAAAGAUUCGUCAGCGGAUGUAGGGAAAGAGGAAGAUGAUAUCAAAGUCAUGAUCAAUGGACUCGAGAGCAUUAAAAUAGUACAAGUUGAAUCAAUCAAACGGAAGUUGACAUAUAAAGACAAAACAGUUGGACAAGACCAAAUAGAAGUUUACUGUAAAGCACAAGACAACUACGGACAUCACACUUUAUUCUGUGCUUUUUAUGAUCACACUGUCCAGCAAUGGUUGAUCGAAAGUUUUACCAUGGUUGGAGAUGCGCUGUCACAAUGUACAAAAAAAUUGUUUUGUGACAAUAAAGGUUUUCUUAUGACUGUUCUAAGUUGUAUUGAAAAACCAAAUGGCAUAUCAAAAGCCUUAGAUAAAGUAGGGGUCAAACAGUAUUCAAUAUCAAAGAAAAGUAAAAAGUCAGCAUUCCCACCAGCUGGUGUCACUGUUCAUGAAGAAUGGCAUUGCUUUCUUGACAAUAGUUUUUCUGACUUUGAUGUUGAAGAUUAUGUAGCUCUAUUGUUGAGCGAAGAGCAAAUGGAAGGCGAUAGAUUUAUUCCAGCUGUUUAUAUUUAUGCCAUUAUCGUUGAAAAAUUGGAAAAUGGAGCAACCAUACCAAUUAUUGGCAAUAUUCUUCAGUAUUAUUUGGUUGAUGUAGGAAAUGGGCGAAAGGAAAAGAAACGGGCUUAUGACUGUUUUAAAUUCAAUUGUAGUAUUCCUGAAAAGUCCAAUGAACUUGUCGUGUUCCUUGAUAUUUCAGAAACUCAAAAAGAUGAAAGACCAUUUGACGAUAUAUUGAAAGAUGUUGAAGAACAAAUUAAAGCAGCUUGGACUCUUCCGGAAGAUGAAAGAAAAAAGAUAAUAAAACGAUUAUUCAAGAAAUGGCAUCCAGAUAAAAACCAUGGUAACGAAACAAUUGCUACAGAAGUUUUCAAAUUUAUAAAGAAUGUAGUUUUAAAAAUGGAAAACGGAGAAAAUGUUGAUACUAAUACUAAUUCAAACUUCAAGCAACCUCCAAGAAAUUCUACAUUUUGGGAACAUUUCAGGACGUGGGAACAUGAUACAAGCGAAGAUAGAAACCACGGUGAGCAGAGGAGCCAAUCCUCUGAUAGCUCUAGCUUCGGACCAAGAACUGGCAGACAGCAGCACAGACAGGAAGUUCCAUCAGCAGCUGAGGCAAGGCAGUGGAUGAGACAAGCAAAAUUAGACUUUACCGCCGCUAAGCGAUUUUUUCCGAAUGCAGAAACAGGGCCACAUUUCAAUUGGAUUUGCAUUAUGUGUUAUCAGUCUGUUGAGAAAGUUUUAAAAGGUCUACAUUUCAACAAGGACUGCAACAAUGUGCCAAGUACAAAUGAUUUGCUGCAUUUAUCUGCUAGCUUGGACCAAAGCAUAAAAGAAAUGGUGAAAACUCUUGUAGACGUUAUAGGUCCACGUGAGAGAACCAUGUACCCUGAUCGCAUGGAUAUUCCUAAAGUACCCGCAGAUGCCUUUAAUGAACAAACUGCGAAGACUGCUGUGGAUAUUACUGAAGAAAUUUUGGAACUUUCUACAGCUCAAUUAUAAAAAUGUUAAGACCUUCACUAUUCCUGAUUGGGGAAAACGGAUGAUUAUUAUGAAACUGUAACCAUUUCACCAGGAAGAGUAGUACAUGUAUUAUAGCCAUAACAGACCACCCAACGUGACUACGGAUGUUUGUGUUUUUUAGACACAUAAUUACAUUUUAUAUAACAUCAGAGACAUAUAAUUGUAUUAAAUGUCUCUGAUAACAUGUAUAAUAAUUAUUAUGCUUUUAAUUGGUUUUUUUUUUAAUGG